GCUGUCAAAAUCUCAAUCCAAUCCAACGGUAAACGAACUGGAAAUCAAAGAAAAAAGACAGACUGCUCUGCUGCCUCCUCUUCUUUCUUUCUCACGUUUUUCUCCUCUGUUUUUCUCUUUCAAAUCUGUUCUCUCUACUGUGUCUACAACCCACAUUAAUUUAAAUUUCAAGAUACAGCAUGUCUCUUUGACAAUUAAUGUGAUGGUCCCACCAUCACAUGUUGCGGGAGCACACAACAAGAAGAACAUAAAAAAAACAGAAAAGAAAAACAAGGGAUGACAGAGAAGAGAUUGAGGAGAAAAACAGAGAGAAAGAACGAACAUCAGUGAAAAACUGAAGGGACGCCCUUGUCUUCUUCUUCGGUGGCAGCUCCAAAAGCUCCAUUUUCAGCAUCCAAUGCUGUUAUUGCUUGAGAAGACCAAAAAAAUACAGAGGGAAGAACUGGAAAAGGGAACAAACCAGGGGACUAAGAGAAAACCAAAAGAACCCGGGAAGGAAACAGAGGUAGAAACCCGGGGAGGACAAAGAAAAAAAACAGCCGAACAGAGGAGAGGGAGUGAAAGUAGGAAACACAGAAUCCGCAGAGAAGAACAGAGCAUAUACUGGGAGACUAAAAAAAAUCAGAGGAAAACAAACACAGCCAAAGGUUGCACCGAGAGAAAGCAAAAGAAAAGAAAGAAGCAGAGGAAAAGUAAACGAAAGGAGGAACAGCACGCCAUCGCCUUCAUCCUGCUCCCAGGCUUUCUCAUUAUUCAGAAUGAUGGAUUUGAACUGGAUAAGAAAGUCGUAGUCAUUGCAGACACUAGUAGAAAACAAGACCAUGAUCCUGCUGCAACCAGUCUGUUUGAUUCAAUGAUUACUUUUUGCCUACCUGUUCGGAGGAAUCACCAGGAAAUAGCUACCCACUACCCAGUAUGCCAAGCACCUAACAAAAUGAGGGGAAAGAGUUAAGGAUUUACUAUCUCAUUGUUCGAGGAGUCCUAGAUGAUGUCGAAGUAAAGGAUCAUUAACAAGGAUGUUUUAGCAUGUUGUAGAUUCUUAUCCAAAACUUGUAGCAUUUGUUAAUGUCAUGUGAAUCGCUAGGAAUAUGUAAAGUGUAUGGCUAAGCCAAUAAAAAAAGUUUUUCAAGGGGACUGCAUCAGGCCACCAUGAGACAGUAACAGAGAAGUAAUCAAAUUGUUUCAUGACCGUCUUGAUUGGUUAAUCAGUUUGGUGAUUUUGGCUUCUCUUACCAUGAGCACCAUUGUCGUCUCAGUACUGUCUCUUUAAUUUGAACUGAUUUUGGCCCAUGCGAGGAGAUCAUUAUGUUAA